AUGUUUAAUACAAAUUUUAAUGCUUUUUUUGUACCACAACAUCUCCUUUAUCCUUAUGGAUACUAAUAUUUGAUAAUGCCAUAAUAAUUUCCUGUUGUUAAUUAACAACAUUAUAUAACAUAGACACAAACAUAAAUUUUAGAAAAUAAAUUAUCUCCUGAAGCUAAUCGAUCUAUAGAAGAUAUUUAAAAGAAAACUUACUCAGAAACUGAAAGUAAACUUGAUUAGGUAAGCAACUAAGAAGAAAUUAGAGAUACACAUAUUCAGACAAAGUUAGGAAAAAAAAUCCACUUAAAAAAGUCGUAAAAACCUAAUUACUUAGUGAAAUCUACCAAUAUCUAAAAAAAUUAUGCAAAGGCUAUUGUAUCUUUUGCAUGUCGAUAAAGAAAUCUAAUUUAUGAAAUAUUGGGAGAAAUUAGAGGCCAAGAAUUCCUGAAAUUGAUGAACCGAUUGAGAAACAAACUAAGGAAUAUAGCCCACAUAACUAGAUAUACUCAUAAUGAAGACUUUUUGAAGAUGUUUAGGAUUUUAGGGUAUGAUGAUUAUAAAUAACGACUCUAGUAAUAAUUUUUUGAGAAAAGACCAUGUCAGUUAUAUCUACAACUCUAAAAUCUAGUAGAAGAGUUGUCAUGUGGCUAAUAAGACUAUAGUUAAGAAUUCUUUACUUAAGUAUUGA